AUGUGCUUUCCCUUUCGCUCGCUCGAUGAAUUGGUCAAACCAGCACAAAGGUCAGUCUACAAUUUGCGGGUGUGUCAAAAGCAGCACCGAAAAUACAAAGCAGGGGUCGGUCGAGUCGUAUUUCCUUCCACUGAGACCAGAAAGAACAGGCAACUAAUUGAUAGUUGUGCGCAGGGGUCCAAACAUAAAUAUGUGCGCAAAACAUUCUACAGUUUUGCCCGACCGGACUCGGCAUCACUAGCGUUGAUACUUCUAGAAACUGCUGGCGGUAUUUGGACUUUAGCUCAUGCUUUCUGCUGUUGUGAAUUGCCAACGACGCUCAUUCUUGUGCCCGAUACUGCUUUGGAUAUCGAGCCACUUGUAACAGCAUCGGAUCUGCUGAUUGUGAAGCGCAGAGGCAAGGCACACUGGCAAUUUGCCCCUGCAUUCGGCGCUGGCACACGCAUGCGCAUCGCGUUGCCCGAAGCGUCCUUCCACCUGAAGUCGGAAACUUGUAGCUAUAGAAAGAAAUAUCUUCUGUCUAGAGAACUUCGCGCGUCACGUGAGACAUUCGUCGACUCUCUGUGCCGAAGUUCGGUGCAGUUCAUGGAAAGCUCAUUGGAGGGGGUGUCGCGUUCGCGCUUGCGACAGAUUGGCGCGUCUCUGAGCGCUGCCAUUGAUGGUGGGGUACCCUACCGGGUUUCAAAUAUAUGUGGAGGAUAUAUACCUUCAGAGUGCGUGCUUGAUGCCGCACAAGCGGCACUAGAGGUCGUGUGCUUUGCUGAGUCUUUCAUGGAUCGAAUGGUCUCCUCUGAGAAACCUCCAGAGGUGGAUGCGCACCAAGUGCAAGCAACGGUUGCCACUUGCGUCGCGGAGGUGCUUGGCACUCAAGUGGAUGCGCACCAAGUGCAAGCAACGGUUGCCACUUGCGUCGCGGAGGUGCUUGGCACUCGAGUAGCUGGAGACGCGGCGUUGAUGGCCGCGGGAAUUGACUCUCUGGCUGUAAACGGACCUGCAUUUGGUGCGGGCGUAACACAAGCUACUCUUUGCGAUGCCAUCGUAUCGCCAGAAGGAUGCUCAUCAAUCCACCUUGUUCGCAUUGUUGGGGCUGUGGCGUCCCAAAUGAUUGUAGACAUGUGGAUCCCUUCUUCUCUAGACCUACUUGCGGUUGGACUGCCGAUAGUUGAGACCACUUUUCGCAUCAAGUUUUUGAAUUCAGCCUUGUCCACCAUAGUCUAG